AUACAAUUUUAGCACUAGCAUCGUGCUGGCAGCAAUUCUGAAACACAGCUUAAACCAAAUAUUAAAUCCCAAUAUCAUGUUCAAAUAUUAAUCUCUUAAGAAUAUAUUCCACUUUUUUGCGAUAUAGAAAAGUGAUUGGAUUCCAGUUGGGAAGGAGUAGAGUUAAAGGUGUCAAAUAGCCAGAUUGAGACAGAGAGAGCUGACGGCACAAAAACCAAAAAGAAAAAAAUGUUGCAGUUCAUCAGUGUCGUAACAUAUUGGAUCUGCGAUUUUGGAUUUUGAAGUUCUUUGUUCAGAGUCAUAAUCAGCGACCUCAAAAACGUGUAAAUAAUUAUUCUUGUUUCUACAAGUAUGCAAAGUCCCGUCAAAAUCGGUGAGUUCUAAUAGAUAGUUCCAUGUGAGAUAUGUCACGAUGUCGGUAUUUUUUCCGCACCCAACUUAAGAACUUUGACUCCGCCUAUCUCCGAAACAAAAAGACUGCAAAACAGGUGAUUUUUGGAGUCAUUCUUUAGAACAAUUCUAAACGUAAACGAUGAACAUCCGUGUACUUGUGCUUACUAGUAUUUUCGCAACCAGCUGCUUUAGCACUGAUGAUCUCGAUUUAAGCACAAUUAUUUUUGCGAAUCUCUUGUUCAGACAUGGAGAUAGAACUCCUGUCCACAAUUAUCCAAAUGAUCCUUAUAAUGAAACAUGUUGGCCAGUUCCAUUUGGUCAAUUAACAAAUCUUGGGAAACAUCAACAUUUACUUCUUGGACGAUGGUUGAGGAAACGAUAUUCUCAUCUCCUGAGUGAUAUUUAUACACCAUAUGACAUCUUUGUCCAAAGUACAGACGUAGACCGUACUUUGAUGUCAGCUGAAGCAAAUUUAGCAGGACUUUAUCCACCUGUAAAAAAUCAAGUCUGGGACACCAUUAAAUGGAUGCCUAUUCCUGUACACACUGUCCCAAUAGAGCUGGACUAUAUAUUGCGAGCAAGUAAACGCUGUCCGCGAUAUGACUACGAAUUGGAGAAAGUCUUAACGUCGCCAGAAAUGAAACGUAUAAAUAAAAAAAAUGCAAAACUGUAUGCUUAUUUGACUGAACAUUCAGGAGAAGAAAUUUCUUCAUUGCAAAAAGUGGAAUAUUUGUACAAUAUUUUGUACAUUGAAAAUUUAUAUAAUAAAACUUUACCAGAAUGGACAAAGUCAGUAUUUCCAGAAAAGAUGAAACCUUUGGCUGCCCUAAGUUUUACAACAGAAGCAUAUAAUAAAGUACUACAGAGAUUUAAGUCAGGUCCAUUACUCGGACAGAUGAUAGAUCAUAUGGUCAAAAAACUGCAAAACACUCUAAAGUCUAAUAGAAAAAUAUGGAUGUAUAGUGCUCAUGAUGAGACUGUGGCAAAUAUGUUGAUGACUUUAAACUUAUUCGAGCCUCACUGUCCACCUUAUGCAGCUAUAAUUCUCAUUGAGUUAAGGACAAAUUCCAACAAUCAGUAUUUUGUAACGAUAUCUUACAAAAAUAGCACUGAAGAGCCAAUACUUAUGACAUUACCAGGCUGUACUGCCUUAUGUCCUUUAAAUAAGUUUAUUAACUUAACAAAAGACGUCAUACCCGAGGAUUGGAAUAGAGAAUGCUUAGUAAGUUGGAAUGAUAUAAGUUCCAGGGACAUCAUCGUUGGUUGGUUGAUUUGGUGCAAAAAUGGAUCAGUGGACCGAAUUGAAUUAGUCCAUACGCCAUUCUAGGAACUUAUAAGUAACAUUAGACUUGGAGCACUGUUGCAGGGAAAUCUUUCCCGUAUAGGGAAAAAGUACAUUAUGAAGGCGAGUAGUCGUAACUAGUGUAGGAAUGUUUUGUUGUGUGUAUAGUAAGAGGAAGGAAGGAGAAAUAUGGCGAACAAAAAAUAAGAGCGGUAAGGAUGAAAGGUUGGUAAAGUUUAGAGGGAUAUUUGCGCGCGUGUUACAAAAAUCAGCAUAGCGUGCAUAUUGUCUGAGAAGGCUAUAUCAGCCACCUUAUAAGGCGGGCUGAAGCCACUAUGAAAAAGAUCAAUUAAAAGUUGAUCGGAUGAAUCCUUGUAUAUCGGACAGUUAAAAAAGAUAUGAUCGAGGUCCUGGUUUGCGGUGACCGCAUGGGAACGCAGCCGAGUCAACAAUGUUUUUACUAGCGAGAUGCAAACAAACGCAAGUAUGAAAUGACCGGAUGCGGGAUAUUAGGGAGAUCAAAGAUCGAGAGAGGGGUGUUUUGGUACCCUCAUACCACGGUCUUCCCAAUACUUCUUUUUUAUACUGAAAGUACUGGACAUCCUUAAACCGAGCUUUGUUUGUUAAAAGUGCGGUGGAUUCCUUUACUGCCAUAGCUCGAAGGCUAGGAAAAAGAGAUCUAGCGGGGCACGUCUCAGAAAAGUCUGGCUCCGGUAUUUCCAGAGCCCUUUUAGCGUACUAAUCCGCCAUCUCGUUCCCCCAGAUGUCCCUGUGAGCAGGGAUCCAAAGGAGUCGAGACACCUGAGGACACUUAACGAAUCUGUAGCUAUAUACGACUGACAGAAUUCGAAGUCAUUGAGAUACUCCAACGUACCGAGUAUGCCUCUGGCCUUGGCAUCAAUUUGGCGCUGAGCAGCGUUCCGGAGAUUAGUUUGCAAAUUUAUGUUGACAUAGUAAUCGUUUUAGUUAAGUAUUGGUCGGUAAAGUAAAGUUCAUUUUUUAAGUGGAACCCCGGAUCCGCUUGAGAUCGCAAAACGCGAUCAUAACCAGGCGCAAUCGCCGCAAUCGGGCCCUUCGGCGGAAGGAACUCGCCAGUCGACUCGAUGAGAUCACCCAAGUUGACAAUAUCCUAAGGGAAACGCCUAAUACCGUAGAACAUUCGCCGACUCACUCACUGCCACCGGAGACUCAGUCGUCCCCUCCGACAUCCCCUUCUACGCCCACUCUACCUUCUCCACAGCCGUCGAUCCUAGAUUCGCCCUCUUACUUUUCCGUACUUUCUGAAGAAAUUCCAGAUUUUCAUCCUCCUUCCCCCCUUUGUCACCCACCUCGCCCCCUUCUCCAGAAUCACCACGAGACCAACCAGUGGACGACGAACAACCCGAAACAACUAGCGAUGAAGAAGAUUCACUUCCUCACCAAUUAGGUCAUUUUAUUCUUUUGGCCAACACCUUCCACGUCGCCGAUCCUCCUCCUUCUAAAGAUGAAUUAAUCCUCGACCUCAGAAAAAGAUUUCCAAACUCCCUUCGCCGCGCCGUCUCUACUCUUCCUCCCGACCAUACUAUCCUCGUAAAAUUUCCCGGUUUCCCUGAAGUCCGCGAAGUUUCAAUCAGUUAUUUCUAUCGUUUUUAUCCUCCCCCAUCAGCAGUAAUAAAGGAAGUAAUUGAGGUACCCCUGGACGACUGAGACACACAAACACACAUGUAUACAUAGAUACACACAAUCACACACUCACUCAUGCGUACACAGACAUUUGACACCCAUAGAAACUACAGAUUGUGACCACAUCUAACUUGUAAUACUCGAAAUAAAUGAAGAAAUGUUAAUAGAAUGGUGCCUAAAUAAAAUUGACUAAAAUUACGUCACUCCUUAAUCUCCGGCUUUNCGGGCCGUCGCCUUCCCUGUUAGGCUACCGAGGCACUUGGAG